UUGUCUGGAAUAUCCACUGGAGUCUUCUUGGUCGUCUCCUUCUGUGCGGCUUCAUCCUUCUGUCCGUUAUCCUCGGACGCCGCUGUGGUGGCAGUUGCAACCGUGGUCUCUGUCGUGGUGGUAUCCUCUGUGGUCGUAGUGCCUGAAGAAUCUGACGUAGUUGCUGUUCCUGAUGAUGCUGACGCUGACGCAGACGUGACCCCUUCUGAUCACGACAUUUCACCUGUCGCGUCCUUAUCUGAGGGACGGGACCAGGGACAUGAGGGAGCAUCCUUCUGUGACCUGGCGGGGUCUGGCGUGGGCGUGGUGGUGGGGGAGGCGGCGGCGCUCCCAGCGGCAGCGCGUGCAGGCCUGCCACUGCUGCUGCCCACCGAGAGGCCGAGACGUGACGCGCCCGCCGCGCUUCAGCUGCUGCCGCACCCAGAUAUCAUCGCACAGGCGUGCGCAGAUGUGUGCGCGGCGAAGGGCUGGCGCAGUGCCGUGCUGCUGCAUGAGGGGGGCGCGUCGGAGGCUGCACAGCUCGCGCGCGCUGGCCUCGAUGUAGUGCCGCGCCAGCUGCCGCCGCCACAAGACUUCGCGUUGCUCAGAAACUUACUGCUAGUUCUGAAGAAGUUUGGUGCGACAAACUUCAUAGUAUGGUGUGACGCGGACUGCGUGAUGCGCGUGCUGGAUGCGGCGCAGCGCACGGGGCUGCUGGGCACCCGCCACGCCUACGUGCUGCUGUCUCUCGACAUGCACACGCGCCGCCUCGACAGCUACAGCCACAGCGGUGCCAACAUCACCAGUUUGCACCUGUUCGACCCGGAGUCAGAGCGUAUAAAGGAGGUGAGUGAGCAGUGGCGGGAGGCGUACGCGCGACGCAUCCCAGCGGCGACGAGUGCUGAGGGCGAGGGUGAGGGUGUUGAGGAGGGUGACGAAGAGGGCCGUGGUGAGGAGGAUGGCGAGUGGGACGUGAACGCGGCGGCGGCGAGCGAGCUGGUGCUGGCGCGGGAUGCGGUAGCAGCUGCGGCGGAAGCGCUGCAGCACCUGCGCCUGCCGCCCGCCCCGCCUCCCUCCUGCACCGGCUGCUCCGCCUUCCACGCCGACACGCUCCUCAACUUCCUACGCUCGGAGGAGUGGGCCGGGGCGGGCGGCACGCUGCGCUGGGCGGGCGGCGGUGAGCGGCGCGCGUGCACGCUGGCAGUGUGCGAGCUGCAGCGCGGCGGGCGCGCGGCCGCCGUGGCGCGCUGGACGCCGCUGGCGCGCCUCGUCUGGCGCCGCCGCGACCCGCCCUCCGCACCGCCACCCUCCGAGAUCAUGACCAACCGCACCUUCAACGUGCUCAUCGCGAUGAGCGAACCUUACAUCAUGAAGCAACAGUCGGCAGACCGACUGUCAGGCAACAGCCGCUACGAAGGAUACUGCAUCGAGUUGAUCGAUAAGCUGGCCAAGUUCCUGAAUUUCAACUACACGUUCAUAGAGCAAAAAGACGGUGCUUACGGCACCUACGACCCACAAAAAGGAUGGAACGGUAUGAUACGACGCCUCAAGGAUGACCCUGACAUCGACUUUGCAAUCACGGACCUGACGAUCACAGCGGACCGCGAGCGUGCCGUUGACUUCACCACGCCCUUUAUGAACCUCGGCAUCAGUAUCCUGUUCCGAAAACCGAAGCCGCCGGGGCCGGAUUUCUUCGCGUUCCUGCUUCCUUUUUCAAGCGGAGUGUGGGUAUGCUUAGGUUUUGCCUACUUGGGGACGUCGCUGGUGCUGUACGUGGUGGGGCGACUGUGCCCUGAGGAAUGGCAGAAUCCGUACCCGUGCAUUGAAGAUCCGCCAGUGUUGGAAAACCAAUUUACGUUGGCCAAUGCGCUAUGGUUCAAUCUUGGAGCUGUUCUGCUACAGGGUUCUGAGAUUGCGCCUGUGGCGUACGGUUCGCGAGCGGUGGCCAGCGCCUGGUGGAUGUUCGCGCUGGUCAUCACCAGCUCGUACACGGCCAAUCUCGCCACGCUGUUGGCUAAGAAGAACCCCACUGACCUCAUCCACAACGUACAGGAGCUGGCCGACAAUCCGUACGGCAUCACUUACGGGGCCAAGUCUGGUGGCUCCACCUACACGUUUUUUGAGAUCUCACAAAAUUCGCUGUACCAGCGGAUGUUCCAGAAAAUGAAGGAUCAAAAGCAGCCGAGUUCGAACCCCGCUGGCAUUGAGAAAGUAAGGAACGAAAACUACGCAUUUUUCAUGGAGUCAACUUCCAUCGAGUACAACAUCGAGCGCUUCUGCGACAUCACCAUGGUGGGUGAACCGUUGGACAACAAGGGUUACGGGAUUGCUAUGAAAAAAAAUUCGCCGUACCGGCAGGCGAUGAACCUGGCGCUGCUCAACCUGCAGGAGGCGGGUGUGCUGCGCGAGAUGAAAGAGCGCUGGUGGAAGGAGAUGCACGGCGGCGGCGCUUGUAAGGAGGAGGAAGAACAUGGUGGCGAGGAGUUGGAGAUGGACAGCUUUGUGGGGUUAUUCGUAGUUCUGGUGGUGGGCUGUGCCCUGGGGAUCGUCGUGUCGUUUUGCGACCUGGCUUGGACGGCAGCGCGGCACCCACGCGACCCCACCGAGUCCUACCCGCGGCGCCUCUGGACCGAGCUGCGAUUCGUGUUCAGCCUGGACCUGUCAGAGAAGCCGUUGUAUGGGCCGCUGCUGCCACCGAGCCCGCAGAGCUCGGCAACGGCGGACUCGGCGCACACGGAGCUGGGCUCGCUGGUGGCGGACGAGGCCACGGAGGGCGUUGGGGAGGGAGAGGAGGCGGAAGGGGAGGGUGCUGCGGAAGGGAAGGGUGAUGGGGAGGGAGAAGGGGAGGCGGGCUCGCGGUCGCCGCGGCCGCGCGCCCGCUCCAGCGCGCGCCGCUCCUCCAUGCACGCUGCUAGCCUGCGCCUCGCGCGACACACAACGCCGCGACCAAAUAACUAG